CCAUCCUCACCCACUUCGACCGGAGUUAUACUUCAUCGCAAAGCCUCAUAUUCUCUUGGCUUUAUUCACCACCGAAUCCGCAAACUGACAUACGGAUCUCGCGCGCCGACAGUGCCAAUCAUCCUCCUACAAGGCGGAGGCGAAUUCGAAAAAUCAUCAACGACCCGGCGCAGACAUCGCAUAAUACAACCUCCUCCCCAGAUCUAAACUCUUCUCAGCCGUCAAGAUGUCUGAGCGCAAAGUUCUCCAGAAAUACUACCCCCCGGAUUUCGAUCCCAGCAAGAUCACCAGGUCGAGAGGCCCAAAGGCACCAGGUCCCAAAGUCCAAACCGUCCGCUUGAUGGCUCCCUUCUCCAUGAAGUGCAUUGCAUGCGGCGAAUAUAUCUACAAAGGCCGCAAGUUCAACGCGCGCAAGGAAACGACGGAGGAGAAAUACCUCUCUAUAACCAUCUUCCGGUUCUACAUCAGAUGCACGCGGUGCUCUGCCGAAAUCACUUUCAAAACCGACCCGAAGUCCCUCGACUACACAUGCGAGCGCGGCGCAAAGCGAAAUUUUGAGCCCUGGCGCCAGGGCAGUCUGAAGGAGGAGACAGAGGAGGAGCGCCUGGAUCGCCUUGAGGCAGAGGAGGCAGAGAAGGAUACAAUGGAGGAGUUGGAGGCGAAGACGCUGGAUGCCAAGACGGAGAUGGCUGUCGCCGAUGCGCUCGAUGAGAUUAGGACACGGAAUGCACGAUUUGAGCGCGUGGGUGGUGGAGAGGCGAGCGGUGUGGCUGCGAAGCCAGAAGUUGAUGAGAGCGUGGCUGCCCAAGAACUUGCGGAUGAGGAGGCGGCGAAGCGCGCGUUCCAGGCUAGGGCUGAGGAAGCAGCUGGGAGGAUAGUGGAAGAGGAUACGGCUGUCCCAGAGAAGGCGGCGGUGCCGACGUUUGCGCGGACUGUGAAGAAGAAGAAAGAUCACGGUGCUUUAUUGGGCAUCAAGAGGAAACCGAAGUUGGUGUGAGGGUUCUAUGGACGUCCAUGAAAUUGGACAAGAAGUCACAUAGAUACCGUUAUACGCAGUGAUCAAGGUUCUAUGCCAUUAUGAACAACAGCUUUGCAAUGAUGGCUGGCUAGCCUCUAUCCCUUCCGAUUAUAGCGGCAAAGCAUCAACGAGAAUAACCUCGUCAGGCAGGAAACAUAGGAGCGGAUUCAACAGCACGCGGUAGCAGGGACGGUGGAAGGGAAGCAUUUCCAAUCCUUUCCCCUCUCCCACACUCGAAAGGCAGUCCAGGAAGCACCAGUGGGGUUGGGCAGAGAAGAAUCCAGUGAUCGGAAUGUAGGUAGUCUAAUCUUCCACUCAACUCCAUUUGAAGAUGGAACAUAGAUACCCAAAUUAAAUGUAUAUAUAUAAUCACAGCCUUAAAUAGAGCUAGAAUCCUCGG